GUUAUUUCUUUAUUUUUAAAAUAUCCUAAUGACACUAUGUCUGUGUUCUUUUAUAUCAGAUGUCUUAGGCUCAUGACAGCAGCCACAUGUCUUUGAUUCAUGACAUUGUCCUUUUGUCUGGUGUCGCAAACAGAGAGGCACAAUCCAUCUUUUGUCUCUUUCUUUCUCACCUCUAUAGCGGUUACUAUGCCCUGUCUUUGUUAUCGUGGAAGAAUACCCCUUUGUCCGAGUUUCAAUCUCGUCCGAAGUGUUCUCUUUCAGCCUCGAGGUAUAGCAAAUCACCAUACACCAUUCGCAAGAGCAAAUAAACUCAAUGGUACGACAUUCCCGAGUCCUUUUAAAACGUUGGAUCGCAGCAGAACAAGAAGCGACGUGCCGAAUUAAGAUACUCAGACGUUCAUUCACAGGAAAUUCGAACCAGAAAGAUAAUCCGCACGUGUCUGUUUAGUCCAGGUCGAGGAGGGACUUCCAGGCGUACGCGGGUAUAUGACCACGGCAAAAUGUAUCAUAUACAGCGUUUCCGUCUCGAGAGGCGGCGGAGGGUGCCCUCGCCCUCACCACCUAGAUCUCAAAUGAUCCAGCCGGUUGAGUCACGACGCUCAAGAGAACGCUCAACUCCAACCAUUGAAAGCAGAAGACCCUCACCACUACCGAGGCGUCAAAGCGACCCGGUCCGAAUACACCUACCUUUCCCCAGAAGAACUUCCUCCGAGUCCGACAACAAUCGAGAGAGUCAGACGCACAGAAGGCGUGAGAGUGGUUCUCGUCCUUUCAUAGUCGAUCCUCCCGAGAGGCACAGAUCCGAGCGGCGGAGCACUCAGCGGCGCAGCCAAACCACUUCACCACAGCGUAGGUCUCCUGUCUCAGAUCCCAGGAGGCAGGAAUGUCCACGCGAUCCUGCGCCUUCGACCCCGAGCCCUCGAGACUCACAAACGAAUCGUGAGCCUCGCCGUCCAAGAGAACGAUCACCUGUUGCUGAGCGUGUACCUAUCCGGCGACGACACUCUUCACCUCGCCCUCCUCGGGUUGUGGAGAUCCAUAACCAUAGAUCAGAAGACACGAAACCUUCCAGAACUAGCAGCCGUGAAAGAAAUGGGGAGAAGAGGGUUCAUUUCGCCAGCGACGUUGAAUGCGAGCCGACUCACGAAAGGGAUGCGUCGGUUGAAAGGGAUGGUCAUGGAGGUCGACAAGAUACUCCUGGGCCGCAUAGAAGCGGUUCUUUUAGCGACAAUAGAGGCCGAAGCGAUGAGAUCAUCGAGGAAAGAAGGCGUCCGCAACAGCCGCAAGAGCGACAUACAAGGGAGCCUUCACCGUGGCCUGGGAGGCAAAGGGAGACGCAACGAGACCGCGCCGCCCCUAACAUAAUCCACGUUCGACCAAGGAUAAUCCAGGACGGUAACCGACAUCUCUCACGGGUUGGGGAGCGCAUUUGUAUGGAAGCCCGCGGGAGGCCAACCUAUGAGACCUAUCGGGAUGAAUUUGAGCCGCAAACGAUUCGAAGGCCGUUAAGGGGGUUCGGUCGUGUUCGGCCAUAUGAUAUUAGAAACGAGAGGAUGCUCAUUUAUGACAGAGACCGUCCGCGUUGGCGUUGAGCAUUCCUUCGCCCAGAAACCGCGUGGAUAUGAAGUCGCGACGACCAUUUUUCAUUUGUUGUUUGUUUAUGUGUGCCUGUGUUUGUUAAUACUCCGUAUGCUCAGCAUGUUGUAUUUGUUUCUUAUCAACGUUGCUUUUAGAUGGUGAAUAUCGGCGUAUCUCUGGUUAGUCAAUUGGAAUUUAAUAUGUCCAUUCGAGUCAUCUCAUUGAAUGUUCCAUUGAGCUGUAGUCGCUCUUUGUACAGUAU